AGCCCCUACCUUACAAGUACUAACAUAUUCAUACAUCUCAUCACCUAUCUAUACCCACCCCAAUCACUUCAGUUCAUAUCUAUCCAAAUUCAUAAUCCAACUUAAAAGAAUUAAACUUGAUUUAUUAUCUAAACAUUUGCCAAAUAUGGGUUCCUUACUUCCUUUGAUUACUCCAAAACCUCUUAUCCACUUCUUGUUCUUGUUUUUCUCAGCUUGUUCCACAUUACUUGCGGAACAAGAAACCAGCUUUCACUAUAUCAACCUCCUCCAAUGAGUCUUACGUACCAUAAUGGUGAUUUGUUAGAAAAUGAGCUUAAAAUAUCCAUUCUUUGGUAUGGAAAAUUUUUACCUGCCCAAAAAUCUAUAAUUGUGGAUUUUCUCCGAUCUCUAAAUUCUUCUAAUAAAAUCGUGUCACGUAAAACACCCACUGUGUCAAAAUGGUCGCAAACUAUUCAAGACAACUUGACAAAAGCGGGUAAAAGAGAAACACGACUAGUUUUAUCCGAUCAGUUCAACGAUGAAAAGUGUUCAAUUGGAAAAACCAUAAAAAAGUCCCAAAUAUCUGAGUUGGCUGACUCAAAAAAAGGUGAAUUAACUAUAGUCCUAACAGCCCAAGAUGUCGCAGUUGAAGGCUUUUGCAUGAGCAAUUGCGGGUAUCAUGGGUCGGGUCAAAACAAAAGAUCCGUUUUCAUAUGGGUGGGUAACUCGGUGACUCAAUGUCCAGGUCAAUGCGCGUGGCCAUUUCACCAACUGAUUUAUGGACCACAGACCAAGCCAUUGGGUGCACCAAAUGGUGAUGUGGGUGUGGAUGGCAUGGUUGUAAAUAUAGCCAGUCUUUUGGCUGGAGUAGUAACCAAUCCAUACGGGAAUGGUUACUAUCAGGGCCCAGCUGAAGCGCCUUUAGAGGCGGCUUCAGCUUGCGCCGGGUUGUAUGGUAAAGGGGCUUCAGCUUGCGCCGGGUUGUAUGGUAAAGGGGCUUACCCGGGUUAUGCAGGUGAGCUACUUGUCGAUUCGAUAACCGGUGCAAGCUAUAAGGCACAUGGUACAAACGGAAGGAAGUAUUUAUUGCCCGGGCUUUUUGAUCCAAAUAAAUCAGCUUGCUCAACUACUGCGUAGGACAAUAUGUUGCUGGUGGUGUUGGAGAAUUGAGCAUUCCACAUGUUUAAUUUUUGUUAGGAAAAUUUUGUUUAUUUAUGUAGUUACUUUUAGGAAAAUGUAAUUUUCAUCUCAUAUAAUAUCGUUCUUGAUGUAUUUUUGUGUGUUUUAUUUUGUGUGAUAGUAUUUGAUUAGCCACAAAUUCAUAUGAAAGAGAACAAACUUUUGGAAUUUAUUGGAAAAUUUUUAUCA